GGAUCUGUGCCAACCUGUCUCCAUAGUAACUCAGUAAACAACAGACAGCGUGAACUGUUUACUCUCUCUGCAGCGCAGCCUCAGGUUUGCUGUCAGUCUUCAACAUAAAAACUGAAGUUUAGAUUCAUGAAUCACAUCUGAAGGACUUUACAGAGAGCUACGACCACCCAGAGUUCCUUCGGGACCUCCUCCUGUCAGCUUUUAGGAUCAUCUCUGUCUGACUCCCGUCCCUCAGAAAGCUUUACCAGCAGGUCGCAGCGGGGGGCGUGGCCUGGACGUCUCCCUGGUCGAAGCGAGACGUCAGCGCAGAGACCUCCGUAAUCUCCUACCCUAUGAGGACCGGAUGAUGUCAUAUCCUUCCUCUCAGGGAAGAGAAGGAGCUGGCGACUCGUACUACCAAUCAGAUGACUGGAGGGGGCGGGGCUUGGACCAAGCCUUGCAGCGAUUGGUGGAGAGGGACCAGAGGCGGGCUCAGGAAGAGGAGCAGCGAGCAGCUUACCUGGCCGCUCUGCUCCGCCUACUGAGCGAGGCUGAGAGGUCAGGUUUGGUCGGCCCAGGAGACGUGGAGGUGGUGGAGGAAGAAGUAGAAGAGGAAGAUGACCAGGAGACCCCAGGAGACUUUCAGGGCCCCAUCCCUCAGGAUUACGAUGAAACAGGAGGGCGGGGCCUGAGCAUGGGGAGGCCCCCUGCUGCCUGGUGGGGCCUCCUGGAGCCCCAGUUAGCUCAGGCCCUGCUGGACAGGAUGGAGCCUCAGGUGGCUCAGGCGCUGCUGGAGAGAGCGAGACAGGAGAGACUCCAACAGGCCGGACGAGUUUCAUCAGGACCGAGCCGAGCAGGAGAGAAGGAGGCUCUGAGACGUCUGGUUGCCAGGUUACUGUCCAAUAUCGGCCCCAAUGACGCCGCUGUGAUGUCAUCAAGCCGCAGAGCCAAAAGAGACCUGUCCUUCACACCACCUGAACCUCUUAGCUCCGCCCACAGAAGAACCCGGCGCUCCCUCGAUGACUUGGCUCCUCCAUCGCCGAGCAACGACCCGCCUCUGCUCAGAGUGAAGAGGCUAGAGGGCGACGAGGAGGAUGAAGAGGAGCUCCGCCCUCCUGCCGCCGGGCUGCAGAGGAUGAAACGCAUCGACACCAUGGGGACUAACGCCAUGGAAGAACUGAAUCAUGGGAGUCGUAGGCGCCGGAGGAGAGCUGCCGUGAACUAUGACCCCCAGAUAUUGAUCGAUCAGAUUCUGGAGUACAUUAGGGAGUAAGAGGAGAGGAGAGGAGAGGAGGAAAGGAGGAGAGGAGAGGAGAGGAGGAGAGGAGAGGAGGAAAGGAGGAGAGGAAACAUGCAGGGAAACAAAGGUAGGAGAUGUCAGAGAAAAGAGGGAUGUGACAGAGGUGUAUUUUGUCGUAUUUAUUUCAUUGUGUAUCUUUUGACUGUUUUUUUUCUUUGCUGCUUUUGUGAAACCGUGUCUGAUCAGUUGUCUGUGUGAGAACGAGAAGAGAAAGAGUGAUGGAUGACUAAGAGGAAAGGAGAGAUAUUCCUUCAAAGUUAUCUGAAUUUGCUUUUCCAGGAAACUUGUGAAGAAUUUAAAUAUAUUUCUUGUUGUUUCUGCAGAACUGCUCACCUAGUGAUAACUUUAACUCUUAUUAAUCAGUUCUCUAAGGGUUGGCGUCACCAAGCUAACAGCUGCCUAGCAACAGAGUCUGAAGCUUUCUGAUUGGUUGCUUCUGGCAGUGAUGGCUCCUGGGAGCGCGUUCAAACCCCACGUUCAUAAAAGGUCAAAUCUUAUGUUUCUAAACACUUUCACACUGACUGUUCUGACCUUCUUUCAGUGUGAGCGUGUUUGUGGUAUAAACAGAUAAUAAACAGCGGCUGUAACCACGGCGACGGCUCAUCAGCUCAGUGACUGGUUGGUUUUUGUUGUGUUUAUGUAGUUCAGCCUGUGUGCAGCAGCUCUGUCAGUGAAACCACUCGUCUGUCUGUAGUAAACAAUAUCAAAUAAAGUCAAUA